AUGAAGCAUCGCCACUACCGAGCAUAUCAUCACAUGCCAUUGCCAUUACCAUCGUCCGAUCCAGUUGCUCGCAUUGCGGGCGAUCAAGAGAGAGGCCACCGACAAACAGGUCGCCCCCAGCAACCGAGUGGUAGCAAAGCAGCACAUCACCACAUCAACACAUCAACAUUUAUCAACAUCCAUCUACAAACAAAGUCGCUCUUCCUCGCAGAAUUUCGCUCGACAACAUCCGCUAACUACACUUACAAAACAAGCAUCGAUCCCGCUACGAUCCCCCUUCCGUACCCAUCACCGUUGUUCGUCCAUCUCGUCCAUCUCGCCCAGGACGCUGGGAUCGCUUGCUUGUCGCAGAAGGCCGGCAACCCAGGACCUUUCGGAAUACACCGAGCCAAAGGAUCAAGCAGUUUGUCGAACGCUCUGACGGUGUCCGGCUCAGCCCCCACGACGACGAUCACAAUCGACUCUCAACCCUCUCCUACCACCAGCUCACGGUCGGACUCUCAUUCGAAUUCUUUCACCGACGAAGACUAUUCAUCAGGUACUGGCGUCCAUGUCCCCUCAAACGUCAGUAGCAACGAUUUUUCUGACUCUUUAGACGAGUCUUGGGACCCAGUAUACUCCGACGAGAUCGAGCCUUCUGAGUCUGCCUCUCGACCCACCUCACGCCCCCGGACAGGUGCUAGAUACAGGACGAGCGAGAGUCGACCACCUGCCACUUCGCGAGCCCCGAACCGCAGACAUACAACCAGUGAACGACAACCUCGACGUCCACCUGUCGCGCGCGUGCACCGGCACCCAGUGCCGGCACCACCAUCAAGCGUGGAUCCAGAAGACUACCCGGGCUAUGGCCGAGGCUACCCUGCACCCCAACCUGGGCCUUUUGGUGCAAGGGGGCCUCAGCCAGGCUAUGCCCCAAGCUCCUACUCCGUGCCUGCCGGAGGAGGAGGAUUUGCGCCUCCAUUUGGAGGUCCUCUCCAAGGUGCUUUAACACAGUAUGGGGCCCCCGGUGGAUAUCAAUACCCUCCUCAGAACCCGUUUUCGCCUCUCUCGCCACCAACGGCUCCAACACCAGGUGGCGCUGGAUACUUCAAUGGGAACCACCAUCCAAUGUCUAGCCACAGCAGCCCAGGCCCCGUUGGCUACAACGGUCAUGACAUGAUACCGCACCCACAAUUUAACAACUUUGGUGGUGGAUAUCCGAGUCCGUAUCAACAAAUGCCGCCCCCUCAACAUCAGCAGCAUCUGCAACAAUACGUGCCACAACACCCCCACUGGCCAGCAAGCGACCACGGUUCAGCGGUGGGAGCGCCACAGCUGGAUCCUGAGACCGAGAAGAAGCUUGCAGUCCUCGACGUAAUGAUGAAGCAGCAACAACUCGACAGGGAGAAGGCGGAAAAGGAGGAGGCCGAGAAGCGGGCAAGAGAAGAGCGAGCUCGUCAGGAGGAGGCAGCUGCAAAGAAAGCUGCAGAAGAAAGGGCAGCUUGGGAGGAGGCCGAGAAGCGGGCAAGAGAAGAGCGAGCUCGUCAGGAGGAGGCCGCUGCAAAGAAAGCUGAAGAGGAAAAGGCAGCUUGGCAGAAGAAGAUGGAGGAGGAGAAAAAAGCCGCUCUGGCCGCUUACGAGGAAUCUCAAAAAGCUGCCGCCGCAGCUAGAGCUGCAGCUGAAAAGAAAGCAGCGGAAGAGAAAGCGGCUUGGGAGAAGAAACUUGAGGACGAAAAGCGACAAACCUUGCUCAACUACGAGGCAGCCCAAAAGGCCGCGGCCGAAGCGACAGCGGCAGCCGAGAAGAAAGCUGCCGAGGAGAAAGCGGCAUGGGAACGCAAGCUCAUCGAAGAGAAACGGCAAACCUUGUUGAACUAUGAAGCGGCUCAGAAAAAGGCUGAAGAAGAUCGGGCAGAGGCAGCCAGGAAAGCAGCAGAGGAGAAGGCGUUGUGGGAACGAAAACUCGAAGAGGAGAAGAAAAUCUCAAUCAUGCAAUACGAGGCUGCUCAGAAAGCAGCAACGGAGGCGGCCGCCGAAGCCGCCCAGAAAGCUGCAGACGAAAAAGCUGCGUGGGAGAAGAAGUUGAAAGAGGAGAGAGAGGCCGCAAUGGCCAAAGGAGUGGAGAACGCAAAGAAGGCCGCCGAGGCCGAGAGGAAGAAGGCAGAAGAGAAGGCUGCUGAGGAACAGGCCAAAGCUGAUGCUGCUGCCGAGCUCGCCAAGAUCAAGAAGGAACUGGCCGACGAAGCUGCGAGAGCGAAAGAGGAGGCAGCCAAAUUGAAGAAGGAGGCCGAGGAGAAUGAGGCAAAGCUCAAGAAAGAAGCUGCGGAAGCUCUAGCCAAGGCCUUGGCCCCACCCCCGCCUGAUGACAAGAAGAAGCCUAUUCGGUUCAAGGAUGCGGUGGGACGGAAGUUCAGCUUCCCAUUCCACUUAUGUGCGACAUGGCAAGGUAUGGAGGAACUGAUAAAGCAGGCAUUCCUGCACGUGGAGAUUAUUGGUCCACAUGUCCAACAUGGCCACUACGACUUGAUCGGUCCCAAUGGAGAGAUCAUCCUCCCACAAGUUUGGGAGACCAUGAUCGAACCAGACUGGGCCAUCACGAUGCACAUGUGGCCCAUGCCCGAGAAGCAGGCUGGCCCUCCCCCAGGCCAAAAUGCCGGUCCACCACCGGGCCACCACUUCAGUCAGCGUGGGGGGGAGAGGCCACGAAGCAGUCACGGCCAUGCUCACGGCGUGGGAGGUCGUGGCCCGCCAAACGUGCCCUCAUCCUCCGCACAGCGUGGAGGCGGCAGUGCGCAUCAAGUUCCCCCACCACCUCCUCCCCAUGUACGUCCUCGGAUGGGCUCUCCUUCUCGAGACAACCGCCCAGGUGGCGCCCCCGUCCUGGUCUCCAAACCCGGCUCCCCGCCUCCACGAAAAAAGAAGCCAGAGCCAAAAGGGAUGCUAAGUUGGAUGGCCGGCAUGCCCGCCAAGUCGUCGGGAAAAGGUCCAAAAAAAGCUGAACCCGACCCUUGUGUCGUGAUGUAG